UCGGAUCUGAUCUGCUUCAGCAAGCCACAUGCAUCGAAUCGAAGCAAGAAAUGUCGCUUGUUUAACCACACCCACCUUACCUUGCCCACCCAGGGACUCAGGGAUAGGACACACGCAUCGCAUUUCUAAGCAGCUAACCAGUUCGUCUUAAGCAGCUAACCAGUUCUUCUUAAGCAGCCGUCAGCAAAACAGCUGACUGAGAGAGGAAGAGAGGCGAGACAAGACAAGACGAGACGGCAUCGGUAUCGCAUCUCCGAUGGACAACGCCUGUCUGCCUGUCUGCCUGCCUGCCUGCCUUCCUUGGCUUCUCAUCUAUGUGUGCUACCUACAACUAGCCACGCCCCCCCAUUAUCCAUCCAUCCAUCCAUCCACCCCUCCAUCUAUCCCGCUAACAAGGGCAAUCCGACGAGACAGACAGACGGGCACAACACAACGAGUGCCGUCCGUCCGUCCGUCUGUCUGUCCGUCUCCCUUCACGAGUCGGCCUCAGCCGUCAUAGUCAGCGUCUCUGCUCUCAUCCCCAUCGCCAGCACCGCCCUCCUGCCCUCUGAAGCUAGCUUGACGAUGUCGUCCCUCUGAAGCGUGACCCAAUGCACCCCAGCCACCUGCUCUCCCGCCCCCGUCACGCCCGUCACGCGACGAUCGCCUGGAUGUGCUGCUGGUGCCGUGUGUGUGGCUCCCAUGGUGGGUAUUGGUGACCCUGCGACCACCGUAGGGGUGCGAGUGGGAGGAUGGAUGAGAGUGAGAGUGAGAGGAGCUACCACUCCCACCUCCCCCGCCCCCACUGCCACUGCCCCCACCCGGCCUGCGGUACAUGUUCAUGCCCAGACUGACUGUCUCGGCCUCGGGGAGCUCGUCUUCCUCCUGCCGCUGUUGCUGUGCUGUGUCGAUCAACUCCGAUACCGACGCGGAGAUGUCGGCCCAUACGCUGGCAGACGAUCCUGGUGCUGAGGCCGAGGCGGACGCAGACGCAGACACAGGCAUGUUGAGGUGGUCGAUGUGUCUUCUGUUGGCGGUGGUGCCGGCAGUCGAUGUGGCCCGCUUGUUGUUGAGGCCACCACCGCCGGUUGGGCCGCUUCCGUAGUCCGGGGGAGGGGCGUUGAUCCGCUGCAGCGGGGGCGGGGGGAAGAAGGGCGUCGGUGGCCGCUGGGCACCGGCUGCAGCCGGAGAUGGCGAGGACGGCCCGGGCAGGUCACUGGCCAGUGAGAAUGAGGGCGGCGAUGCGUUGGAAGAGGAGGGCACUGCAGGCCCGGCAGACUGUGUGCGGGCGGGUUGGGGUGCCGAUGCAGAAGCAGGGGCAGCCGCAGGCAACAGGACCUGCUUCGCCGAUGUUGAUCCGGCUGUUGCUGCUGCUGCUGCUGCUACUGCUGCUGCUGCUGCUGCUACCGGAGCUGCAGCUGGCGCUGGUGCUGGUGCUCCGGCUGGUGCAGUCGUGUUGGUGUGGGUGGGUGGCGGUGGUGGUGGUGGGUUUCGAAGGAAGUUCUUGGCCCCUGGGAUGGCGGCCUUGGGUCUGCCGUUGGCUGUCCCGGGUGGCUGGGACUGGGAGUACCUCUGCUGCAGCUGCUUGGCGUGUGUGCUGGUCUUGCGCUUCUUGAGGCACUCGAUGAUGAGCCCCUUGUCCAGCUCGCAGAAGGACGGCAAGCAGCUGAUAACGUCGAAGUGCUCCGGCUCCAAAAUGUACCGGAGAGCAUGCUUCCUGUAGGGACACCACCGCCAACACAGACACGUGCAGCAAGAGUCUUAAGAAAGAUGGUUCAUUCGUGUGUGUCGGUAGGCACGCACACACCGCACCUGAGUCGGGGUGCGGCGAGUUGGUCAGCGAGGUUGAAGAUGGUGGCGGCCGUGUCGGGCGUGAUGCCCUCGAUCAACACACGCUCGCAACGCUUCUUGAGCUCACCCACAGCCAGCCUGACAUACAUAGAUGGCGACACACACAAGCAUUGGGCGGGCGAGUGUGCUCACGUGAGGGUGUGUGUGUGUGUGUGUGGUGACGCCCUCACCCACCCAUAUAUAUACCUAUCAGCGAUGGGCAUGAGUGCGAGUGCGUCCUGGACCGACUCGCCCCACCGGUCAGUGUAGAGGAACGCCAGCAGAGACGACAUCUGCGACCCCGAUAUGUCCUGCGGGCCGUGCCGUGCAGCCACACAUAACAUACAUACGUAGCCAGACCCACGUUUGUUGCGUUGUGUGUGCUGUGCUUACAGGCAAGUCCCACUGCCUCUGGUGUCUCUCGCGGAAGUCGCCGCCGAUGAGCGCCAUGAAGUACGCUGAACGGCUCGCGAGGAUGCACCGGUGAGCUAGGAACACCUGACAAACGAACGACAAACAGCGGGAUCUCGACAGCGAGAGGGCUCCCUCCCCCCGGUGCAGGCAGCUCUUCCUUCGCUUUUCCUACCUACCUCGUCGGCUGUGACAAUCUCUACGUCAGCCGUUUCGUCUCCCCCCAGCAGCCACCCCAGGGCUCCCUCCAGCCCCAUCGAAGACGACCAGUAUUCCCGCACGUCCUCCUCAUCCUCAUCUACACCCAAAGGCACCGGAGCCGGCGCCGACUGCGGUACAUACCACUUUCCACCCCCACUCCGGGCUCCGCUCUUCCCGCCCAACGCGCCGCCGCUCUCCUUCAUCUCCUUCUUCUCCUUCACCUCUUCCUGCUGCUGCUGCUGCUCCUGCUGCUCCUGCUGCUGCUGGUCGUUGGCGAACGACAGGCGGAGAGGGAUGCCCUUCCGCAGAGUGGUCCGGUAGGUCUCGCUGUCCAGGACCAAUGCCAUGCCGUCCGGCAGGAAGACCACACCCCACUGGCCGUCACUGUCAGAUGGGCUUCCAUGCGGAGGCGAUGGCGAUGGCGAUGGCGAUGGCGACGGCGACGGAAAAGGGGAGGGGUCAGUCGGCAGCAGGGGCGAGCAGGGGACUAGUGGGGAUGAAUCGACCGCUGCAGCAGCAGCAGCUGCUGCAGCUGCGGCUGCCUUUCUGAGGCCGACGGUGUCUCGCUGCUCCCUCUCCUCCUCCUGCUGCGCCAGCAGGCCCGACGAACCGAUUGCCAGACCGCCCAGUCUACCCACACCGAAGUCGGGCUUCCUCGACACACCGUCGAACGCCGGCACCGGGAACAUCGUGGGUCGCAUUGCCUCUAUAUCAGGACCGCCAUCCCACUCCUCAGCCUCACUCUCCUCGUCCUCCUCUGUCAUCGUCUCCCUGGCCUUCCGACGGAGAUCGCGGGCUAUGUGGUACGCCGCAAGCGAGAAGGGCCGCCUGUGGUCGGCAGGCGAGCUGGGUGGCGCGUCAGAAGGGGAAAAUGGGGCGCUGGGCGAUGUCGGGUAGGAGGGGGAGUCGAGGAAGGAUGUCGACAGAGCUGUGGGGUGGUGUGGGUCGGUGGAUCGGUCUGCUGGGGCUGGUGGGGGGUCCCGACGCUGCCGCGAUGCGCUCGACGGACGACCACGGCCUGAAUGGACCACAGCAACAAAGAGAGAGCACUCAUGUGGCCUGCCUUGGUGUGCAUUGCAUUACAUGUGUGUGUCUCACUCACUCAUUUGCGUGGAGGAUGUCGGGGCCUUUUCCGUCUCCUCAGGCUCCUCCUUCUCAAAGUUGUCCUUGUCCGUCAACUCGUCAUCAUCGGCUUCACGGGCCUCCUCCCUCUCUGAACCACCACCACCAUCAGCAGCAGCAGUGCCCCCGCCCCCACUGCCGCCGUCUGCGCGUCGCGACCCUUCCUUGGUCUUGGUUCUGGUCUGCUGCGAGGGCGGCCCGAGGCUGGCGCCGAAGGGCGAUGUGAGCCUGACGGUCUCCUUGACGAGCUUCUGUGUGUGUCGUUUGAGGGGUUUGAUGGCGAAGUGUCUGGCAAGGUGGUAGAGCUGCAGGAUGGUCUGCAUGCGGUCCGACGACAUGGUCAGGGGCGGCGACUCGCUCGGCAGCCGCAGGCGGUCCAGCCGGUCCGUGUAGAGGAAGUAGAGCAGCUCCUCAAACACCUCGGGCCGCAGACCCACGAAGUCCACCACCAGACCACCACCCAUCGCAUCGUUGCUGCUGCUGCUGCUGAUGUUGUUGUUGUUGUUGUUGUUGCCGUUGGGGCUCAUGCUCAUGCCGAUGCCGAUGUCGCCCUUGUCGUCAUCCGCCACUCCGCCCUCCUCCGCCUUGUCCCUCUCCUCUUUCUUCUGUGAGGGCUGCGAGCCCCCCGAGCCGAGCCUGCUGGUGUCCCACACGCGCUGCCUCCCACUGGCACGCACCGGACGAGUGCCGAGUGGCGAGGGAGGGGGCAGGUCUGCCGCGUCGUGCUGGUAGGGGUGGGCACCGAUGUGCAGAGUGGGCAUGGGGGGGAUCGGUGGAGUGCAUCCCGCGGUGAGGUACUGGUAGAGGUGGGGGGCCCGUGCCUUGAUGACGGACAGGUGUGCGGGGAUGACUGUCGGGAGAGGUAUGGGUGCGAGGGGUGAGCCUGUGGUAGUGUGUGAGGGGAAGAUGCGGAAGGAGACGUCGCUGAGGGUCUCGGAGGUGAGCAGCCGGUGCAUGUAGUCGGCGAGGGGCUCCUCAACCUCCACUACCGCCAGGCAGUGCACACCGCCACAAGCUACCGACAGCACAUUGCCGCCACCGAAACCUGCGCACCGCAGCUCACACCAGAGGGGAGGGAGGGAACAUAACUACACACGUGGUUGAACGAAUGAAUGCAUCGAAUCAAUCGGUGUGCUCGUGGGCUCGUGCGUACCGACCGUACGUACCGUCAUUGAUGAGUGCGGGUGUGGGGCGGUAUCGGUAUCCGCCUGGGUCAGUGGCGGGAUCGAGAGCCUCACGGUAACCCAGCUGACCACAGGACGACGCACCCCAACUGAAACAGACAGACAGACACGCACACGCGCGCACGGAGACCAGUUGGAUGUGGUGUGCCCGUGUGCUGUGCUGUCUGAGUGUAUUAUUCUCAAAUGCAUCUGGACAGACCUGUAGACGUCUCCGUCCUGUGUGAGGGCGACGGUGUGUCCCUCGCCGCACGCCACACUGACUAUGAACUCCUCCGCCUCUACCAGCGUCUCUGAAUGAACAAAUCAAGCAGCCAGCAUACCCACACACACCCCCACACACCCACACCCACAAGCAAGCACUGGCUAAGGUGCCCUGCCCCCAUGGGAUGGAUGGGUGUGGUUCAUUCCCUCACCUACCUACUACAAUGGGGCUGACAACGACACGAAUGCCGUCACGGUCACGCUUGAUGCGAUCAUCCUGUGACAUACAGACAAACAACCCACAAGCCAACACACGCACACCAUUCGUGUGUCCAUCCAUCGCUGGCUGUCUGCCCGUCCAUCCAUAUAUCGCUGUCCUGUCCUGUCCUGCGUACCUACCGGUAUCUCCCCCAGGCCACACUGGCCGCACGAGUCGGCCCCCCAGGCAUACAGUCGGCCAUUCUUGUCGACGGCCGUGGAGUGGCUAUCGCCGCACUUGACCAGCACGGCGUCCACCAGGUCGACGACCAGCUGCGGCGUCGGGAUGUACGGACAGCCAUCCUGGUCGAGCGGCAGCCAACCCAGCGGCCCGAAGUCGCCCAGAGGGGUCUUGGUGCGCACGUCAAGCGGGUAGAUCUCCUCCUCCAUAUCGUCGGGGUCCUCCCCAUCCUCCCCGCCUCCCUCGUUGCCGUCACUGUCAGGCGAGUCGUUGGCCUCGGCGCCAGGCGUCCAUGCGGGCGCCCCUGUGUCGGACGACUGCUGGGCGGGCGGCUGCUGGCUGUUGUUGUUGUUGUUGUUAUUGUUGUUGUUGCCGUAUAAUCGCCGUUGCCGUUUGUCGCGUCUGUUGAGGAUGUCGGCCCCCACCCCAAGCUGGCCGAAGUUGCCCCCGCCGAAUGAGUACACGAGGCCCGAUUUGGUCAGGACCAGCGUGUGCACGUCGCCACACGAGGCAUGCAGGGCGGUCAGGCCGUCCUGCUCGUCCGCCAAUGGCUGGUAGCCGCUGCCACUGCCACUGCUGCCACUGCUGCGGAAGAAGUCAAUCUGCCGUGGGAUGGGCUGGAAGGGGUAGCCGUCUGAAUGAAAACCAUGCAUGCCCACCACGCACACAAUACAACCAUAUACAGAGGUAUUCAGCAAGAGGUUAACGGGGCAAGUAAGUCUGCAUCGCAGACCAGACCAGACCCACCAUCGUCUCGCGGGAAGGUGGUCGUCUCAGGGUGUCCAAGCUGCCCACACGCACCCGCACCCCAGCUGAAGAUCGAACCUGUACACACACAAACAACAGAUAAGCCAGCCGCCACACACAUUUGGCGGCUUUGUGACUGAUGGAUGGCUCGAUGCUUGGUAGCCAUUUUCUGUCUGUCUGUACCUGUCUUGGUGACGGCGACGGUGUGUGCCUUGCCGCAGGCCACCUGUAUGACCACUUGCGGGAAGAGGUGCUCGACGGCCCGCGGGACGGGCUGGAAGGGGCAGUUGUCCUCGUCCUUGGGCAUCUUGCCCGUCUCCGACAAACCCAGCUGACCACACCCACCACCUAGUAGACCACCACACGUCACACACAGAUGUGAUGAUAGACACACGAAUGCAUUGCGCGUGCAUGCGUGUGUGUGUCAAUGCUGACCUCCCCAGCUAUAGACGACUCCCUCCAUGGUCAGCGCCACCGUGUGCGCGUCGCCGCACGCUACGAACGUCACGAAUCGGUUGAGCCGGACGAGCGUCUCGACCAGCAGAGGCCCAGGGAGGUAAGGGUACCCCUCCUGGUCUCUAGGCCUUUAAGAAGAGCCAAGUAAGCAAGCAAGGCAAACAUACAUAAGGCAGCUGCUCGCUACUCUGUUUGACAUCUGCCGUCGUCUGUCUCUGUCUCUCCCUUUGUUUACUUACAUGUUGUAGGUGUCCUCUAAGCCGAGCUGUCCACACGCACUCGCACCCCAGGUGUACAGCCGCCCGUCGCUCGUCACUGCUGCCGUGUGGCCGUCACCUCCGCUGAUCUGACGCACCACCGGCGCCGCACGGUGAGGAGGCCGACGCAACAACCACUCAGCGACCUUCUCCUCUCCGGCACCCUCCCCCUGCCCCUGUUCUUCACCCUGAUUAUUGCCGUCGGUACCACCCUGCGCACUUGCCGCAGCAGCAGCAGCGGUGGCCUCGCCCUGGUCUUGCGCAUGCGGGGCCUGUGCGUCGUCAUUGUUGUCGUCGUCAGCGUCCUCUGUGUCUUCGUUGUUGUUGUCUUGUCUCGCGUUGUCCUGGUCGGGGACGGACGGCGGGGGGCUGUCGGGGUCGAAGUGGCGGGGGUCGACGCCGUGUGGGGUGGGCUGGAAGGGGUACCCGUCUGAACCACACACACACACACACGCGGAGGGUGUGUGCAGUCUAGGAGGACAGCUACAUUGCCACCGUUUCGCGCCAUACCUGGGUCUCGCGCCAGCCUGACGGUGCCGUAGCCGAGCUGACCCAUCUCGCCACUGCCCCUGAGCCAACGCACACACGCGCCGGCAGACACGAACGAAAUGAACAUGUAUUCACGGUGGUUCACUCUGCAUGUCUGUCUGCAUGUGCCUCGUGGCGCUAUCCUGCCCGCCUCGCUUUCUGCCUCUGCGCACGCUGCUGCCUUGGGGAGUGCCGUGAUUCAACGUACCACGAGCAAAUGACGCCGCCUCGCGGUCGCUUCCCCGCUUCAUGGUAGCUGCCGCCCAGCAUGCUAUGCUCCCAAUCGAAUGGACGAGGAGUCAGUCAACAGGCAAGUGCUGUAUUUGCGCCAUUUCUUGCUAAGAACAGAAGAGGAACAGCG